GCGUGUCAAGGUGGACGAGAUCGGUACUCUUCUUUCGUUUGUAUGAAUACUAUGAAUAAUGCCAAACUCACUCUUCUUAUCACUCGCAAUUCUGAGAUUCUCGUUCCUUUCUGAGAACUUUGGCUCGUUUUCCAGUCGUUCCAAACAAACAAAAUGUCGUCGUCGGCUCAGGUGCAGGCGACCGAGACGCCUGGGCGGCUGUUUCUGAGCGCGUAUGCCCAGCAUGUGAUUCUCGAGUCGCUCGAGGACGAGAGCCGCACGGAGCGGUACCAGAGCAAGCUGAGCGAGCUCAUUGCGACGCUCAAGCGACUCGUCUCGCUGCUCGACCGCAUGGCACUCUUCAGCGACAACGAGGACCUCGAGGACAUCCACACGGUCGACUUGCGCCUGCUGGUCGUGCGGCCGAUGCUGGCCGACGCGCUCCUGCGAACCAACCCCAAUAAUAAUGCCACUACUACUGCGCCUGUGCCUGCAGCGACAGCUGGCUCGGGCUCGUCGCCGCAGCAGGCACGGCUGAGCAUCAUUGACGCUGCGUCACAGCACUUUGUGACAUUCCUAGAGACGUGCGAGCUGCUGGGACUGCUCAAGGACUCGGACAUUGCAGUGCUUGCGUCGCGCGGCGCAGACGUCCCUGGAGACGCUCAAGCCAAGCGUGCCGCCAAGAUUGCAACGUACAAGCGUGAGAAGGAAGCCAAGACAAAGUUUGCAGAGCUGUUGCUGAGGACGGCAGGAACGUCGUCGCUCUCCAAGGCAGCCGCCGGCAAGUUGCCCGACACGACCGACGCCGACGCUGAUGCUGCUGCCGCUGCUCCUGGCGCAUCGGGGCUGGACGAAGACACAGAGCGCGACAUGACGCUGGGGCUGGUCGAGCUGUGGAUUUUGAAGGCAUGCGAGCAGCUCGCGUUUGCACGGCAGGAGACUCAGCUGAUCCAGUUUGCAAUCAACUCGAAAGCACAAGCCGGAGAUCAAGACUCGCGAGUCAGGCAAAACGCCGGAGGAUCCUCUUCGGAUGCAGCAGCAUCUGCAUCGGCGGCCGUAAGAAAACCCCUCAAACCGUUCACAAUCACGCGCGAAAUGAUCCGAAGAAACCUUCUCGGGCAUGGCUACUCCAAUCUACCAACAAUGUCCGUGGAGCAGUUUAUGGAGCUUGAAAUUGCGCGAGGCAACUUCCUGACAGGUGGCGGCAAUGAGGAGGAGUCCAAGCAAAACCAAAUCGAUCAAAAGAUCCUCGAAGAGGAGAGCAACGAAGAAAGCGACAAGGCGACAUACAAGGCUCGCGAUUGGGACGAGUUUACUGACGCGUUACAACAAGUCUUAAGUGGGUGGCGACUGUGCACUUCACUUGGAUUUAGAAUACUCCGAGUCAUGCUGGAGUGUUCUCGGAUGUACAAUAGUCGGGUUCAAACUUUUUGGUGGGACGGUUGUGUAUUCUCAGCAUUUCCCUCCUUAAAUACAAUCAAUUCAACA